GGAGUUUGGUGAGCUUCAUCGCAUCACAAACUAUACAUCAACCAUGAGGUUUCAAGGGAUAGUUCGAUGUGCCUUAAUAGGACUUGCAUGCCACACUCCUGUAUCAGCUACAGUCGAAACGUUAGCAGAUAAUAAUCUGGCACAAGAUCUCGGUGCCGACGAGGGUCUUUUGCGCACACAGCUCAGUGGCUCAAGCGUUCAGAACUUGACAGAACAUUCUAAUGGCAUAAGUGGAGAAUUAUGGGAGCCUAUAUUGCGCCACCCAGCCAAAGCUAAUCUAACACUUCCCAAAGUUUUCCUCGCGGGUGUGAGCACAGCAAUCAGCAUAGACUUACCAGCUCAAGAUGAACGAAUGCAGGUGUGGGAUGCGCAUGUGCCCGUCAUGCUUGAUGUUAUCAGCAAAGGGGUGGUCACGCACUCUAUGCGUUUUACACUGAAUACUUCCAAUUUAGAUAAACAUUAUAACUUACCUAUUCUUACACAUAGUUUGGAAGGCAUCGUGUUCGAUGACUUCGGUGUCGGCUUUAUUAAGGUGAAAGUUGAGGGUUUGCCCGAGGUCUCUCAGCGUACAUACUCGAUUCCUGCUUGGUUAUCAAUGUUGCCACCACUGGUCACCUUGGUAAUUUCGGUUGCCCUGAGACAAGUGAUGAUUGCACUAACUAUAGGUGUCUGGGUGGGCUGCAUCUGGUUGUACGAGUACAACGUGGUCAUCGCCUUUAUGCGUACCUUUGACGAAUACGUCUCGAAUGCGUUUAUGUCGGACGGCCAUGCGAACGUAAUCCUUUUCACCUUCUUCCUGGGGGGUUUGAUAGGUCUUGUGCAGAAAAGUGGCGGUGCUCUGGGGUUAGCGAGACAAUGUGUGAAGGUAGCAUCUACACCUAAGCGAGGGCAGUUGAUGUGCUGGUUCUUGGGCGUAGGUAUCUUUUACGACGACUAUAGCUGUGUGUUGAUCACCGGUAAUUCUCUCAGGCCUAUCACACGGUCCAUACGCAUGUCUCCAGAAAAGUUUGCAUAUAUAAUCCACACUUGUGCUCAGAUGGCUUCUAUGACGCCCGUAUCGUCUUGGAUAGGUGUGGAGUUAGGUUACCUCCAACAACAGUACAAGCUACUAGGUGUCGACCAGAACGCAUUUCUGGUGCUCAUGAAAACUAUUCCUUACAGAAUCUAUCCGAUUAUUAGCAUUUUCUUUGCGCUAGCCGUGAUCGCCCUGGGAAAAGACUUCGGGCCUAUGGCGACAGCCGAGAAAAAUUUCCACAAGCUUAUUAGAAGAGAUAGUAUCAAUGGGGGAAGCGACCCAAAUAGAUUACUUACAUCAGUUCCGUCUGGUAGUUUUAGCACAGACGAUGGGGAGAGCGGUGGUAACAGCCCAAUCGUUAGUGAUGACAAUUCAGAUGAGGACAUUCCUGCAUUGGCUAAGCGCAAGCCUGAGCGUGUUAUAAACGCUGUCUUACCGUUUGGAACGGUGAUUGUGGCCACUAUGGUAGGUAUUGUGUACGAUGGGUAUAUCAAGAUUCCCGCGGGCGGUUCGCACGACAUCAUCGCAAUUGUGUCGAGUGCCAACUCAGUGUCCGCCUUAUACUGGGCCUCAGUGCUGGGUUGCGUAGUGGCAGCCAUAAUGUACACAGCACAGAAGCUGCUGAGCCUUAGUGCCAUCAUAGACUCUUGGGUAGAGGGUGUGAAGGAUGUGUUGGAGCCAACCCUGGUACUACUUCUCGCAUGGGCGCUGGGAUCUGUGAUUCAGGAUCUCAACACAGCCAACUACUUGGUAAGCGCGCUGGGUUCCUCUAUCUCUGUGCAAUGGCUGCCAGCCAUAGUGGCGGUGUUCGCCUAUGUGAUCUCAUUUGCCACAGGUACAUCGUUUGGCACCAUGGGUGUACUGUUCCCUCUUGCAGUCCCACUGGCAUAUCAGGUGAGUGGCAAUGACGAACAUGUCAUGCUACUCGCGACCAGUGCCAUCUUGGGAGGGUCUCUGUUCGGCAACCAUUGUAGUCCCAUCGCUGAUCUUACUAUACUUUCGUCCAUGUCUGCGGGUUGCGAAGUGGGGUCACAUUUUGAGACAACCUUCCCAUACGCUGCAUUGGUUGGUCUUGUGUCCUUAGUCUUCGGCUUCAUGCCAUUAGGGUUCUUCCCUAGUUGGUACAGCCCGUGGUUGGCGCUGCUAGUAUGUUUGCUCGUGUGCGUGGGCGUUCUUAUGUUGUUGGGUGGGGAUACUGAAGAGAGAAGAAUCAACGCUCUUGAAGAAGAGGACAUCGCCGAUGAGGAAUAGGCUACAAAAUCCAGGAGAUAUUGAUUCUGAGUAGCUGUAUCACAAGAGAACACGAUGAUUAGAGAGGAUACGUUUGCUAGUUUCUGCGUAUUAUAUAUUACUAGUUUGUGCAGCUCUCGGGAAUAAAAUUUAGGGACAUCAAAGGAAGCUGCGAUGACAAUAGCACAGUUUGAGUU